GAGGAGAGGCGGGACUCUACAGCAGGGAAGGGCGUUCUUGCUGCGGUCAGACCCAGGCUCGUCACACAAGGGGUGGGUCAUCCGGCGCAAAGGAAAACCCACCUUUUCAUUGUUAGGGACAAGGUGGAAUGUGUUGGUUUGAUCUACAGCUCAGGCGGGGAAUAGAGGGAAGAAACAACGAACGCAGUUAAGUUGGAAAAAAAGCCUUCUCCCGCUGGUCUACCAGAAAUCUGUGAAAUAACUUGUGUCUUUGGUUCAAACCUAGUCAUCUAAUCGGCACUAACCGAAUGCAUUUGGGGACAAUCGCAGAUUCUCUCAUCGCAAGAUGAUCAACACCUAUGUUGACCAUCAGCCUGAGGGGAGUUGAAGGAAUAACACCCAACCAAAGGAAAAGGGAGAAGACAUUGUGGGGAAAGGAUAAAGGGACUGGACAACCCAACAUUACAAGCUUGUGACAUUUUUUAACCAGAGAAGGACUGCCAUACAAAUGUGGACCUCCCAAAAAGUGUUCAAAUAAUUUCCCCUUUGCAUCAAGAGGACAACAACAAUAAUCUCUGCGAUGUCUGAAAAUAAAGACAUAACGAGUCGCCACCUGCAGCACAAGCUGCAGAGCCUGGGGCGACGGCUGGAUGAGCUUGAGGAGGCCACCAACAAGCUCCAGAAGUCAGAAGAUGAGCUGCUCGAUCUGCAGGACAAGAUCAUCCAGGCAGAGGGCAGCAACUCCUCCAUGCUGGGCGAUGUUGAGGGACUGCGCAAGCGCCUGCUAAAGAUUGAAGGCAAAGACGAGGAAGUGUGCAAGGCAGAGGACCUCUGCCGUACGGUGCGAGAGAAACUGGAGGAGGAGGAGAGCUUGACCCAGGACCUCAAGUCUGAGAUUGAGUGCCUGCAGAGGAGAAUGGCUGAGCUGGAGAAGCUGGAAGAGGCCUUCAGCAAGAGCAAGUCGGACUGCAGCCAGCUGUGCCUCAGUCUCAACGAGGAGAAGAACCUGACCCGGAAGCUGUCCUCAGAGCUGGAGGCCCUCAAGGACCGUGUGAAGGAAGUAGACACGUCAGAGGUAAGGCUGGACCGGGCAGAGCUGUUCCUGGCAGGGGAGCUGGAGAAGCUCAAGGGCAUCACUCAGACUUUUUUGAGUGAGAGGAAGAAACUCCUGGAGAAGCAAAAGGAGGAUGAGAAGCUUAUACUAAAACUGACAGAAAAGCUGGAGCGUCAUAACAGGAUUGACCCGGUAGAUCCCAGACGCAUUGAAGACGACCUCUCAUCCGGCCUGACCGGCAAGCUGGGGCGCAAGAAGAGCCUCGACUACCUGAAACUGGGCGACGACUUUGGGCUAAGGAACAAGUCCGAGAAUGAGAAGAACAGACUUGAGGGCCAGGAAGACAACAAAGUCAAGGAACUCACCCAGGAAGUGGAGAGGCUGAAGAACCGUCUGAAGCAGCUGGAGCUGGUGGAAGAGGAUCUUAAGAACACAGAGUCCAAGAAUGGAGAGCUGCAGGAGAAGUUCCAACAGGAGAGAUCCCGUAGCCGAGCACUCAACGAUCAGGUGGAGCAGCUUAGAAUGGAGCUGUGUGGAGGCAGCAGUCAAGGCAAUGGAGGACCUAGCAGUCCAGCAAAGGUCCUUGAGAAUGGCAAGGCAGAGAAUGAGGAGAUCAAUGUCCGGGGUGGGUUCAGGCAGGUCAAGCCCAAGUACAGGCCUGCUGCAGAGCCAGCCACCCCCAAGUACAAGAGCAGAGAGCUGUCCCCGCAGCACAAGAUGGAGACCAAGCUGAGGAGCAAAGAACUGAGCAACUCUGAGGAAAGUUCUCCAAAGUCUGUCAGGAGGGCACUCAGUCCUGCACACAAGAGCAGGAGGACACCCAAGACUGGAACAUCAACUGCCUCUGACAAUGGAGUGAAAGAAAUAGGCAGAGGGGUAGAGGAGAAAACAACAAGAGGAGCAGCCCAUACUCCUGUCGGCACAUCUUUGAGUGACCGCAAGAAGCUCUCUGUUCUUAGUCGCUACCCUCCAGCAGCUAAUGACCGGAAGGUAUCUCAGAAACCAAGUGAGAGUGAAAGCAAAAAAAGCCAAGUUGAUACGUUUUCUAGAUUGUAUGUCGGUAGUGACAGUGAGUCGAACAAUUCUGAUGUGGUGCCUGAAAGCUCAAGCAAGAGCAACAGUGUCUCCCCACUUGAAAAGGAUGCGUUUGCGUCUGACCUGGAGUCUGUGGACCAGGUUUCAGAGGCUCUUCCAGUGUCAAACCUCUCCAAAGCCAAUGGCUCGUACAUUGCCUACAAGUCCCACGUGUCCCCAAUGGUCAGUGAUCAUGGCUCUGAGGGCCACUCCUCAGCCUCUGAGACUGAAUCACCUGGGUCCAGGCCCUCAGAACCAGAACCUGUGCCUGAGGUGAGAGCACUGAGUAGCAGAACCUCCACCACUCCCAAGUGCUCCAGAUACUCUCGCGUACAGGACUCUCAGUCAGAGGGCUCCUCCACUAGGAGCUCGAUUGACGAGGAGCAGCACAUGCUGUUGGUUGCAGAAGGAGAAUCCCUGGAGCCCACUCACACCCCGUCAGGUAUAGAGCUCCGCAGGGUCUGCAGCCCACGGGAAGCCCUGAGGUCAAAGGCAGUCAUCAAGCCAGCCAUCGUGGAAAUUGAUAGGAAGGAAGUCAUGAUAUCCGGAGGUGGGGCAGAGCCCUUGACCUCCUCCAAUGGCAAGCCCAAAAUCUCCACGAAACCAGUCCUGACCAGUAGCAUCACUAUCUACCCCAACGAUCCCAGCUCUUCCAGGACCAGCAGCCGCAGCAGCAGUGUAUCCAGCGAGCCACCAGUCAAGGAACGCCACACGUCCACCAGCAACAUCGUCAUCGGCCCCAGUGAGCACAGGGGGAGUAUCUCCAUCCCCUAUGAGAUCUCCAUCCCCAAGAGAGAGAUCACACCCUGGCCGUCCAUGGAUGGCCCUGACGAAUCAGGGGUGCUAGGGAUGGCCUGUGCAGAGACACACCUACUCCCCCGAAGCAACUUCAGCCUUCAGUCACCGGAGACCACCUCCGACUUCAACAACGACACAGAGUCGGGUUUCGAGAGCAGCAGUAGCAGCACUACCACCGUCACCAGCUGGAGGAGCCAACACCAUGGCCACCACACCUCCCAGGACGACAGCCUCCCAGAGAUGAGAAACGUGACGGUGCGAAGCACCUGGAAGAACAGGGGGGCGGCAUCCGUGGACGAGCCUGGCCGGGGGGCCAGGAUGUACGGGAUGGGCUCUGAGGACGAGACAGAGUCGGCCACCACAUGGAGGGCUUACCGCGCCACCACCAUUCUGGACACGGAGGAGACGGUAAACGCCACAAGGGCUGCUACAUCACGGACAGCCAAGCCUUCCCCAGCAGAGCUGUAUAUGCGCAGAAUCAACAACAGUGUGGUGACCACCAGGGACAUCGCAGAGCCAGUGUGCCGGAGAAAAAGCUCCCUGUCGCCCACUGAGGGAGGUCUGCGGAUGAGUAUCCCCCACGAGCCUGUCAGCGCUCAGAAGCUUGUUCCCUGGCGGACACAACCCAUGGCCGCUGACGACACGGACCUCAACCCUGGGUCGUGGAGGACGAGGCCGGCGCCCGGUGACUUAGAUCCCUAUGAGAGCGAGAGGAGCUCCACGACAGAUGUAGGGUCCAGCAGAGGGAUGAGGACCACAGCUUCCAGGCCAGCGCUCUUGUCCAAUAGGGGUCAUGCUGGCCGGGCGGAGGGAAGAACUGGGCGCGGCAAUCGACAGUGGAGCAAUCGUCAAACCGACGACUAAACCGGCCAACCGUCUUAGUCUCUCCGCUUCAUAAUAUCCAGAGCUCUCCAUCACCCCCAAACUGCACAACAAGGAGGAAUGUACUGCGUCCCACAUCUCUACUCCCCCCCCCCCCCCCCCAACAACAGCAGUGGCAGGCAAGUUCCUGCCAAGUCCCUGUCCAGCAACAACCCAUGCUUCUGAGUCUAAAAAGAAGAUGGCCACGUGUAAAACCUUCCACUACAACAUCCAUAUAUAAACCCUGGAUGACUGACUGGGUGCUGUAUUGAAGCCACCGUGCAGCCAUCUUGAUUUUGGAAGCUAUGGAAAUGCAUUUAUUAAUGUCUACAUACGUUUUUGACAUUCUAUUACAGACACCUUUGGCAAUACUUUUAAAAUAUAUUAUGUGAGCUAAACAUAAAAAUAAAAAAACUUGAUGAAAAAAUAUCCCUUUAAGUAUUUUUUUGUAGAGUACUAAUGUUUACUCUCCCCACUACAACAACAAAAUACUUAAAUACAUGUAAUUUUGACCUUAAAACAUUGAAUUGAAAUACUCUAGAAUACAUUCCUAUGGAGGACUGCUCAUUCUAGGGAGUGCCAAUAUGGCCGACCGGUGGUUUCAAAGCCUCCCAGUGGUCAUUACAGUGUCAGCAAUCCAGGGUUUAUAAACGUCACUGAUCUGCACAGACCACUUCAGUUUUAUUAUAAUAUUCCCAUAUACAGUGUCGCGAUGGAGUGGACCUCACCUCUUCGCUUCUUCUCCUACCUGAUGUAUUAUACUGUAUUGCUCCGACUUGACAAGGGAGAGACGCUCACUUGGGUGACUGGGUCUACAGAUGUGUGUGUGUGUGUGUGUGGGGGGGGGGGGGGCGAGAGAAGAGGGGAGUGACACAGGAAGGAAGGAUUUGUUGUCUUUCAGAAUGGACCGUUACAAGACCUCACUUUGAAACUUCCAAGCGGAGCUCCCCCGAGCUGCAUCAAGAUGUGACCAAAACAGGGAGCGAAUUACUUAGAUUUUUUAAAACGUCCUCUGAUCUCGGAAAUGUGUGUGUAUAUAUAUAUUUUUUGCUUAAUUUGGUGUGCUUUUGUUCAUGUGUUUGCUUCAUACUGACAACCAUAGCAGUUUUUGCAGGGUUUUAUUUUGCACAUCGUACACAUACACCUAUAUCUAUUUUUAACCUGUGGGCCUAAAAGAGGGUGGACUGUAUGGCUUUGAGGAAGUUUGCAUGUUUCAACAUAAUGUAUACGAGGAGCAUUUUGGAGUCAUGAUUCCCAGCAUGUUGUCUGCUUCAAGAACAACAAAGACAAGGGCCCUGUCAUAGACACGUUCUUAUUUUCUUAUAGGCUGCAAACUCAAUAUCCUCUUCAACAUCCGUCCCUAUGCAAUAAGGAAGAUAAUAGCCAAGUACUUUGAUCAACAACCUUCAAAUUGUGCUUCAUUUGGUUACUCAGUAAUUUGCUCCCUGUUGCUAGCCACCGUCUCUUCCCCCUGCUCACCUGGACUCUAGAAUUCGUCUAUUGGGACACAGCAGAAAGGAAGGUCCAUCCCCUUUUGUCUGCACUCAAUGAAUGAUGGAAUGCACUUAUUUAAGCUUGGGGGACAUGUAUUUGUCAUCUGGAACAGGACUACUAUUCCCAUGGUGCUCUGCUUCAGCGCACUUUCCUCCAACUGUAACUGAUGCCCUGGAUCUAGCAGUAAAAUGUGCUGCUGUGAACACCCAAUCAGACAUAGGAAUUCUCCAAUCACCACAAGGAACAAUCAGUCCAGAUACACGCAACUGUGUUUGCGGUGCGAUUCGUCUCAACUUCUCCCUGUUUCUAUAGAAGUGUAUUUUGUUGUAAUAUUUAAACUGAACUUUUCAUUGUUGGAUUAGGGAGGGUUCUAUGUCACUCUGGCCAGAAACAGAGAUCACUGGGUUGCCAUAGAAACACAACUAGUCUGGCAGGUGGUGAGGCCUGAUGUACUCAUACAUGCAAUACUCUGUAAACUCUGAACUACAAACUCUGGUAGGAAGUUUCCCCUUGAUACUGGUCAGUCAUUGUCAUUUAGCAUUGCCUGUGUAGUAGCAGCCGACCAGCCGUUUCACUGUUUAGCUUUCAUAUUUAUUUGUUAUUUACCACAAAAUGCAUAUACCUAUUUUUGUCAUUGUAAAUGUUGCAAUUUGGUGAUGGGGACCUACCAUUUACAGUCCUUUAGAUUUCAUAGUGUAUUGAUUAUGGGAAAUGGAAGAAGUCAUUACACACAAAGAAUACAAAUAUAAUCACUCCUAACCCCGAAAUCACCACGUUGUAUUCCUCUAACCUUGUGGAAAUGUGAGGUGCAAUUCCCCUCCUGCUGGCUACACAUUACUAAGCUGUUGAGCCUAGGCUGUGUGAAUUACUCCCUAGUUUUUCAGUCAAGGUUGGUCAAAAGAUUGUGUGGACAAGUAUAAUGAAUGCUGUCAUCACACAUUUGCAAAGAUUUUCACAUUUGUAGAGAAUAUUUUAUAGAAGACCAUUGUGGUUUCAAUUGAAGAAAAAUUUACGGACGAGUAAAAAGACCCCCAAUCUUUUGAAUUUAAUCGUUUUUUGUUUCCCCCAAAAAAAAUCUUCAAAGGACCCAUUUUAAAAUAAUGUUCGCUGCCCAAAAUGUUCUGACCUUUCUAUUUGCCGGUCAGAAGUGCUCCAGCUCGGCAUCAUAAAGCAUUACUGUCGCCAUGUGGCCCCUUACACGGCUACUGGCCCAUCCUGUGAACAUGUGUUCAGUGCAAACACACACACCGCUUGAUGUUGUUCAGAAGCCCGGCGCUGAUGUGCCAAGGGCUACGUGAUGACUUACCCACUUCAGAAGGCUUCUGUUGUUGACCAGUCCUCGGUUACCAGGAUGACAACCGCCAGAAGGCCACUCAUUCCAAAUCUGUAUUUCCGACCUCAUCACUUCUUUCCUGCACAGUGGUUCCAGUUUCCCCUCUUCCUCCUCCUUCCCCCUCCUCCCUCCCCUCCAAGAAUGCCUUGAUUCUUAACGACCGUGAUAAGUAUUGCUAGGUCUGAGAGCCGUUUUACAGUCUGCCAAAGUUUGCCGGCAGACACUGAUAUACAGCCCCCGGGUAGCCGAAAGGUCAAAGGUCAAGGCUGGAGCUAAUCGCGUCUUUCCCUUGGACUUUGGGGGUUAUAAAUACUGUGAGGAAAGCAAAACGAUUUGGCAGCGGCCAGCACUAACCCGAAAUGGAGGCAGUUGAUGAGUGCCAGUCAGAACUGGCUCGCUCCGAUGUGUAAACCAAAAUCCACGUGCUGAUUGUCCAUCAUAGCCAAAGGGUUUAUGUGUGAUGCUCAUAUAAAAGUGUCUGUGCAGACUCUUGUUGCGAGUCACUCACUGGGGUUUGAUAGUCUGCAGUUGGCUAGUGAACUCCAGCCCAUCUUAAUGAGAUCCUGAUUUCAGAGGUCCGUGUCAAAGUUGAGCCCAGGAACAUCACAGGCUGUCAUUCCCAUAGACCUACAUCACCAUGGGUCGGUUAUCAUAUUUCAUUGAUCCUAUGAUGCAAGGCCAGCACCCCUGUCUGCUCAGAUAAUCAAGAGUGAUCGCUGCUGUAGGGAGAUUGACCUUCUCCGAUCAUACCUAAUCUGACAGAGGGAGACUAGGUUUAGACAGGAAAAAACUAUUUUUGAGAUGAGAACUAAACUCUUAACAUUCCUCAUUAUGUAACUUCUGGUGUAUAAACAUCUGUUAUUUACGAACCAUUGUUUUUUUCCCUCUCUUACAAGGUAGCGUAGAAUGUAGUUAGUGGAGCGGGACCAGAGAGCAGAAAUGGCUCUUUGGAGUGACUUGCCAUUAGUCCUGUAAGGCCUCUUUUGUAAGGCGAGGGUUCAUGGUGUCUUUGGACAUCAGAAACGGUAAUCUGCACUUAACCAGCACUUAAAUUAAGACCCUACAUAAGUAAGCCCCCUUUUAGCCGCCCUUUUGUCAAAAGUUCCAUUUGCGUUUAUCCCCGAGAAAUGUAUUCCACUCUUUGUGAUUUAUUUUCUUCGCUGAAUGUAUGGUCAUCAAAGAUAUAUAUAUAUAUAUUAAAUGUGUGUUUUUGCACCGGCCAAAUUGAAAAAGUUGCUUGGAGCAAUUGCGAAACAACUCGUCUGAUAAUGUGAGGAGUUGUCGACGGUCACGUUUAUUGUACAGAUUAUUAUAAAGUCCUUUUUUCAAUUGAUUUCCUUAGUCAUGGCACUUAUGUGUGUCUCUGCCUUCUAAAAUUGUGCCAUAAUCAUUCCAUAGUAUUUCCAGUUUACAGUCUGAGACAGCGCCAGUGUUUUCCAAGAUGGAGACCCUGUCUCUUCAACUAUUUGUGCUGAAAUAAGGGGAAAUAUUCAAUUUGAUGGUUUCUUCUGUUUUCAACUCAUGUUUUUUUUGUUUCUGUUUUGUAAAACAAAAGAUGUUUUAUUUUGGAAGCUGCAUCGGAUAGAUUUUAUUUAAGAAAAUCUUGUAAUUUUGUAAAGUGGGCCUUAUUGAAAUAUAUGUAGGAUUUUGUUGUUGCUAGAUAUGCAUCUUUCUCAUUAAUGCACUCCUGGAGAGUACUUCCUGUUUUUGUUUUUUUAAUGUGAGAGAUGUCAUGAUCUCGAGCUAUAACAUGAGAUGGCAAGCCGACAGAGACUAUUGAAAGUAAUGUACGUUUUAUCAAGAGCGUGUCUGCUCCGUCCACGCAGGCUAAAGUCAUUCUCCAUGUGGCGUCCUGUUAUUAGCGGUUCAGGAAUCAGUCAUUCUAACAGGUUCUCUGUUUUCUCUCUCAUGCAUUCAGGGUUUAUUCAUCUUGUGUGCUGUAUGUAAGUCCUGCCAAAGAAAGAGAUGUUCAGGCCUCGAGACACACACACCUACACACUCCAACAUGAACAACUGGAUAUUCUCCACACACACCUACUCACACUCCCACAUAGACAUACAGAGGAAUUUCGUUCUGUACGAUCAAGUUGGAAAUCAUCUAUUUUAUAUUGCAGUGUGUUUAUAAAUGAAUAGAAAUGACUCUUAAAGCGGCUGGAGGGAACCAGAGAGAAACAUUUAUGAAAUCAGAUCAAAAGGGUUAUUGUGGAUGUCGCUGCUCUGAGCUUCUCUCUGUGUGUCAGUGAUACGCAGCAAACUGUGCAGGAUGCUUUUUCUGUCCAAGGGUAAUAUACGUUUGUGCAUGUUUAACCUUACCGCGUUCUGCAUGUAGGGCUCUCGAAGCUGACAACUGUACAGUGGAUUAUGUAUUCCAAUAAAAUAAACUACCUGUUUGUAACCAUG